GCAGAAUGUUUUGUAUUUGCUGAUGGCAUCUGGAAUGCGCAUGCGCAGUGCCCUUAACGAAUGUUUUGUACUUGCGGCUGGCGUCUGAAAUGAUAAACUAACGCCGACACGGAUCGAUAUUUCUUAUUCUCAGUGACCUGAGCCUACAGGAGGAGGAUGGGGAACACGAGCAGCGACCGAGCCGUGGGGGGUCACGGGGGGGAGAAGACCCACCGGCGGGACAGCAGGGGGGCCAAGGACGGGGACCGGCCCAAGAUUCUGAUGGACAGCCCGGAGGACGCGGACAUAUUUCAUGGGGAAGACAUCAAAGCCCCGCUAGAGAAGGAAGAGUACCUGGCCUGGCAGCAGGACCUGGAGGCAGACGAUAAAGGUCUGACUGUGGACCGGCCCACCGUGUUUCGCUGGACGGGGGACGGGAAAGAGGUCUUCCUCUCUGGCUCCUUCAACAACUGGACCAACAAGAUCCCCCUGAUCAGGAGUCAAAACAACUUUGUGGCCAUCGUGGAUCUGCCAGAAGGGGAACACCAGUAUAAGUUCUAUGUGGACGGCCAGUGGACCCACGACCCCGCUGAGCCGGUGGUGACCAACCAGCUGGGGACGGUCAACAACCUGAUCCAGGUGAAGAACACAGACUUCGAAGUGUUCGACGCGCUCAUGGUGGACUCCCAGAAAUGCUCAGACAUGUCAGACCUCUCCAGCUCCCCCCCAGGGCCGUACCACCAGGACGCCUACACUCCCAAACAGGAGGAGAAGUUUAAAUCCCCCCCGAUCCUACCUCCACACCUGCUGCAGGUCAUCCUGAACAAAGACACCGGCAUCUCGUGUGACCCUGCAUUGCUUCCAGAGCCAAACCAUGUGAUGCUCAACCACCUCUACGCCCUCUCCAUAAAGGAUGGUGUGAUGGUUCUCAGCGCGACGCACCGCUACAAGAAGAAGUAUGUCACCACGUUGCUCUACAAGCCCAUCUGACUAAUCGGGACUUGUAUCUGGGUAACCGAAGACACACACCUGUAAACGUGUACAAACACACUGCACCACGCAGCAGACCCACAGAGAUUCUGAUCCGCUGAAUCCUGGCCCAAGGCAUCCUAUUUCUAUUGAGUCUAUACAUGCAGAGUUUCCUUAUCAAUCUACUUCUUCAUCUCAGAGGAGCGAUGUAGAAGGAGAGGAGGUCACUGGCCAAUCACCAAGCUUCAGAACCCUGAAACAAAGGGAACCAUGGGAACAGUUUAUGUUUAUGAGAUAUAGUAUAUUUUCUAGGGCAGCGUCUAAUCGACCAGCAUAGUUUAUUCUGAAUAAAAUUACAACUAAUUGUAUUUAGUUCUAAGUUGCAGCUUGAGUCCUAUAAUGUCGUAUAAGACCGUGUUGCCAUACAGAACAGGAUCUUCACGAGAAGGCAUUCUGGCUUUGGUUUCACCUCCUCACCUCCUGUUGUUCUCCUCCUGCACACGCUCCAGCCUGUGAACCCAUUAAUUACUCUGUAUACAGCCCAGAGGGAGCGUACAUGCAAUCCAAAUGUGGGAAGGUUGGCUAUGUAUUCAAAGUCUAUUUGUUUUUGUUUUUUUCUGAGCACUGAAGCGGAGGUUGGUUCAAGUCCUUCCCUCUCUGAGGUUGUGGCAGGUCAUACUGAGGCAACCCACGCCUCGCCAAGGAAACGAUUGAAUUCACACAACUUUAGAUUGAAGAUUCAACCGUUGAAUCAAACAAUAUAUUAUUUUAUGUCAUGAGAGCUCAAUCGACCUCUGGACAGGAGGAAGUCAUAAAAAUGAUCCAAGCAAGUUUUUUUACGGGAAGGUAUUCUUUUACCCUCCACUCUGUCUCUGUUAAUCGUUAAUUCAGGUCAGUUUAUGACGUUUUCGAUUGCAGAUGAGCUGUACUUAGUCGCUGACACACAAUCGCUGCCCCUCUUUUCUUUUUGCCUUACUGUAUAUCCAUUGUUCUUUGAGCUGGUAGACCCGCUGAGGUGAUGAGGCCGGAGUGCGGCUGUUAGGACUGAACUGACGUAUGUGCGUGUGAAAUGUGAUAGGAGGAGGAUGUCUGGACUUGGCUGGACCUUAAUGAGGAUGUAAUUCUCCAUACAGGCUGUGAAGAGAGAGAGAAGUUAAUUCCUUUUAAUGAAAUUUCUUCUCAUGGAGACUGACAUUGAUACAAUGUUGUAUUCUCUAUCCAUGACGUAUUUUGAGAAUGUAUUUUGUUGCACUGCACUGUGUUUAUAUGUAUAUCUUUUUGUUAUUUUUUUUCAAAAAGGUCAUAAAAACAUAUCACGCCACAAAGUGAAGUGUUAUGUAUCAAAAACCUUUCUCACAAACACUGUCUCAGAGGGCAUCUUCGGUCCACAUUGGAGGACAAACCGUAGCCUAAUAAAGUGCAAGGAACCGAAAAAUCCCAGGAGACAAACCUUGAUGAGGCACCCAGAGGAGUGAGGAGUUCAGACAGAUGAAACAAUAUCAAAACAACAAUGUUAGGAAAGCAAUGUCACAGCUGUCACCAUGGGUUUCCAUCUCUGCGAUGAAUAAGACACGCAGAGCAAACAGUCGCGCUACUACAAACAUCGUCGGUUUCCUCUCUACAUGACGAAGGAAGUGGUCUAGGCUAGUGCGAUGAGCAGUUGCACUGCUAUCGACGUUAUGCUGCAUGCAGACUGAGUUUGCAUUGAUUCGAAGCAGUCCCAAUUAGUCAACGCUUGAAUAGCUGUCCUCGAUACUUUCUGUGUUUUUAAUCUCUACCGCCUCAUAUCAAAUGUGUUUUUCACUACUCUUGUUCCGUGUUGGCACAGACGCUAAUGCAGUCCUCAGACAAGUCCUGACUGAAGGGGAAAUUCCGCUCGCUUAUUCUCUUGGUACGGGUUGACGAGUGCAUUUCCCUAAAUCACCUGGCACUUAUUCAAUAUGGAACCCAUUACACAACAUUUGAUUAUCCUUAACGACUAUCUGUUGUAGCUGUAGGUGUUUGAACUAAAUAUUUACCCUACCUUUUUUUGCUAUCAUAUUUUUUGGCCUAUUUAUUUCCUGUGUGGUUGAGGAAGGGGCCUUUUUGGGCGGCAGUAGUCCUUGAAAGUAGUAGAUAAAGGAGAGAGCUACUCUUCCUGUGUGUUUCCUGGUUGGUGUUCAGGGGCCCUUGACAUCCAGGAGCCAACUGAUCGUAAUUCACGCAUGAUUAUAGGAAAAUAGAUGACACGGAGGAAGAAGGCAAAUGCAUCGUGUGCUGUGUUGAAACCAGUGCGGAUUCACGAUUUUGACAAUACUCCAUAAAAUAUGUUGUUGUUUUUUUAGAGGGGAACUAUUCUCUAGCCUUUAUCCUGUUGAUGAGCAAUUUCACAAUCUCUCAAUCUCUUUUGUGAAAUCACGAUGUUGCUGUGUUCCAACCGUCUGGCUGGAAGGAGCUGAUUGGACUGUAUCAACGCCAGCCCUAGGCAGAGGUGUAUAUGGCAAUCAUACACCUGAGUGGACACUCCUACUAGUGAUGUCACAAAAGAAGUAACCAGGCUCCAUCAGGGGCAAUUCUGGGGCCCUUGGACCAGCAUAUCACAGUGUGUGACAGACUGGAGCUGUCACAGAGAUGUUAGAGAAUCGAGCUGUCAUUUUACUGUCCGAUCGUUGUGUGUGUGUGUGUGUGUGUGUGUGUGUGUGUGUGUGUGUGUGUGUGUGUGUGUGUGUGUGUGUGUGUGUGUGCGUGUGCAUUUCAAUCAAAGUAUGAACGACUGACGUUUAGAGAUGAAGAAGGUUGUAUUGGCCAAAUUGCGCAAGGUAGUGUUUGCACUGAAGUCUCACGGACAGUCCGGACUGAAAAUAAUCAUACAGAAAAAGUGUUUUAAUGUCUCUUACUGUUUGAAUUCUGCAUAUAUUUCACUGGAAGUCUGGAUUAAAUAUGCAUUGAUCUUUAGCCGUACACAACCUUACCUUAUCCAAGUUUUGGAUGUAACAGUAAUAACACAAGUUUUGCUUUAAUGUUAUGGUAUUUAACAUGUGUCCAUCAUCAACGUUAUGCUGUGUUUUUGGUUUGAAACUGAAUAUCUGAUAAGGAUUGAUUCAUGUCUUGAAUUGAACAUAAAGAAAUUGGUUUUGUUAAAAUGUUUUAUUUAUUUACAAUGUCGAUUUCGUGAUUUUCGAGGUUGGUCCCAAUGUCGUCUAUCUUGACUAAAUAAAUCUAGAUUAGUGUUUAAUUAAAUAUUUACUAAAAAAGACCCAUUUGUUUCUUUUCCUUGUUUCCAAAUAUUUAGAUUUUUUACUACCCUAAUAAAAUAUUAACAGGGAA